CAGAGUAUUUGUACGAGUAGAUUUCACUGGACUCACACACGCCUCGAUCGAGCAGAAUACCUACCUAGGCAUUCUCCUAUCUCCAGAGAAUCACUUGUCCAAAUCCGAAACCAGACAGACAAAGUCAUGGCCAAAGAAAAGUCCACCGACACCAAAAUGUCCAAAGAAGACCGCAAAGCCGCGCGCAAGGCCGAGAAAAAGGCCGCCAAAUCCGCAGCAACGGGCUCCGAACCGACGGGCGUAACGAAGAGCAAGAGCGACAAGAAGGACAAGAAAGAGAAGCGGAAGGUGUUGGCUGAGAAAGUGCUGAAUGAGGUCGAUAACACCACCAAAUCCAAGAAAGACAAGGCCAAGAAGGAUGAAGAGAUGGAAGAUGAUGACGACGAGGAGGUAGAUAGCGAGGAGGAAGCCGUGGAGGUUGAUGCAAAUGAGGCGGUCAAGAACAACGAAAAAUCUCUGGCGACGAAACCGGCCGGACCGCUUGUGCCGUUUGCGAAUCCCCUGGCGGAUGAGAAGGUUGCGAAGAAAGUGUUCAAGGGCGUGAAGAAAGCUGCUGCCCAACGAACCCUGAAACGCGGCGUCAAGGAAGUCGUCAAAGCCCUGCGCAAGUCCGCCGUUUCGAGCGGUGGAGAGUCCCUGCCCAUCGGCGUGGUGGUGCUUGCGGCAGAUAUCUCGCCCAUGGACGUGAUUUCGCACAUCCCCGUGCUUGCGGAGGACCAUGGCAUUCCGUACAUCUACGUGACGAGCCGGGCGGAACUGGGCACCGCGGGCCAGACGAAACGGCCGACGAGUGUGGUUAUGAUCAGUCGGGAUGUGAGCAAGAAAUCUGGCGGCGACAAGGAUGCAGAGGGAGAUGGCGAGAGUUGGGACGAGACGUACAAGGCCCUGGUCAAGGUUGUGGAGAGGGAAGGGAGACAUGUCAAGAUCUAAAAGUGCGUUCAACGGAUGCGAAUCGACUUGCAACACGCGGCUUGUGGUUGUUUUUCGGUCAUUUUAACGGGCGCUGCGGAUCGGGGAAAAAAGGGCGCAAACAUGGUUCAGGCUUGGUUUACGAAAGGAAAGUGUGGUGCACGAAGCGGCGGUAUAUUCCCUGGGGUGGUCGAGUCGUUGUUUAUCCCCCCCGUCACGUAUCGUUGUGUCUGGGCUUCGCGAUCGACGUGCUGCUCGAGGCCUUGGUGAAGAAGAUGCCAUUGAUUGUGGACGCGAGAGAGCAAGCCUGAUGUUCAGUGCGCCAAAAUGUGGUUACUGGCUUGCUGGAAGGUCAUCGUAUGGUCCUUGCUCUGCUCUGUCUACAGGCCUGGCUUCGAAACUUGGGGAAAAGUGUCCGUGGUUCCGCACACGACAAGCCUCGAACAAUGAGAAAGGCAGGCGGCGAUGUUUGAUUUCAACCGCUCUUGUUCAAGGCAUAUUGAGCGAGAGCCUGUGGUCAAAGACUUCGGCUGGCAUUGUGGUUGUGCGAGCACUCUUCCUGCUCAGCUUGUUGCGGAAGUCGACUUCAUCUUCGCACGCAAUGCAAGACACCAUCAUGACACUAAGCAGUUUCUUGAAGAGGCAAAGCCAUAGACCGGGUACACUAUGAAGGAUACUGUACAUACGAAUGACGCGCUGCCCGAGUUUCAGGACAUGGGACUACCAUCAUUGUAUAAGAUACUUGGGGGUUUUCUCAUGCUAUCCUCACAUCCAGCUUCGGGUUGACUCUUCCAUUCAUCGAAUAAUGGCAAACCGUUUUGUCUACCUAGGUACCUAAAGCUAUCAUUCGUCCUCGCUGUGUUGAGCCGUGAGGCUGCUACAUCUCCUGGAAACCCCUCC